UCACCCUUGACUGCGCAGGAACUAUUUUAUGAACUUAUUGCACACGGAUUUGGACCAAGUUUCUAAUUGCUUCAUAAACGUUAUUGAUCCAUUCUAUCAACAUUAUUUUACUUGAUAAAGAAGAAGAAAAGGAUACUCUAAGAAGAAUGGAGAAGUGGACAACCCCUGAAUACUAUGACUAUGAUUAUGAAGAUCAGGAGAACAGCACCAUGUGUGACUACUCUGAGUGGAAGCCGUCCUACUCAGUCAUCCCAGUCCUCUACAUGCUCAUCUUCAUCCUGGGUCUCUCUGGCAACGGUGUGGUCAUCUUCACUGUGUGGAGGGCUCAGGCCAAGCGCCGGUCAGCAGACAUCUACAUAGGCAACCUGGCCAUGGCUGACCUGACCUUCGUGCUGACUCUGCCACUGUGGGCAGUGUACACUGCAUUGGGCUACCACUGGCCCUUCGGUGUGGCCCUCUGCAAGAUCAGCAGCUACGUGGUGCUGCUCAACAUGUACGCCAGCGUCUUCUGCCUCACCGCCAUGAGCUUUGACCGCUACCUGGCCAUCGUGCACUCUCUGUCCAGCACCCAGCUGCGUACCCGUGGCCACAUGCAGGCCUCCCUGACGGCCAUCUGGCUCCUCUCCGGCCUACUGGCUGCCCCCACACUCAUCUUCCGCACCACCAAGGAUGACGAGAACAGCGACCUCAUCUCCUGUGGCAUGGACUUCAGCCUGGUGUUGGGUGGGGGUAAUCAAACAAUCAGUCAAUCAAAUGAAUUGAAGCAGAAGGAGUCCAUGUGGAUCGCAGGGCUCAGCAUCUCCUCCUCUGCCCUGGGCUUCCUCCUGCCCUUCCUGGCCAUGAUGGUGUGCUACUGCUUCAUCGGCUGCACCGUGACACGCCACUUCAACAGCCUGCGUAAGGAGGACCAGAGGAAGCGGCGUCUGCUGAAGAUCAUCACCACCCUGGUGGUUGUGUUUGCUGCCUGCUGGAUGCCCUUCCACGUGCUGAAGAGCGCUGAUGCCCUCUCCUACCUGAACCUAGCUCCAAACACCUGCGCCUUCCUCCGCUUCCUCCUGCUGGCCCACCCUUACGCUACCUGCCUGGCCUACGUCAACAGCUGCCUCAAUCCCUUCCUGUAUGCCUUCUUCGACCUGCGCUUCCGUUCCCAGUGCCUCUGUCUGCUCAACCUGAAGAAGGCCAUGCACACCAGCCCCGCCAGCUCCAUGUCCUCCCAGAAGACAGAGGCCCAGUCGCUGGCCACUAAGGUGUGACGUUUAUGCUGUGGUCAGGGCAUGGGAGAGGGAUGCCAGCCAGAGGGAAUAGGUCUCCAGCUGCCUUUUCCUGUCCUACCUACAUCGUCACCUGAACACUGCAGGUAAAUCUAAGAUUUCAGAGGUGCAAAAUGAUAUCAUUACCUAUUCAGCCACAUACAUGUGGACUGCAGACUGAGUGCAAAUGUACGUGUCCUCCAGACUGUGUGACUGAGGAAACUGAUAGUCAGUCUUCUGGCUGUAAUCAUGACCACUGACAUCCUCCAAGCUCACUCUCAGUGAUUAGGAAGUUUGUACAAACCCCUUGAACUGCUUGAUACAGGGGGCCAAGCUCCAUACCAGGGUGAUGCAAACCAGACCCCAGACAUUUUGGACAGUUGAAUGUAUUUCAAAGGGACAAAGCAGCUCAUAUUGUUCUCCUGGUGUUCCGUGUUGACUUAAGGCAAGUUCUUGGGUGGGUUGUCCCAUGGCUCUGGCUUUUAACACUGGAGGAGUGUAUUAUACAUGCAUUUGUACCAUGCUGUUCUUGUUUUUUUUAAGCACUUGCUCAUUGGAAAGAGGUGAGACCUCUUCCUCUGCCCCAGUCAUGAUGUAAGUGUGUGUGUGUGUAGGUCCAGGAAAGGUGUUGCAGCUUGAUUAAAAAGUUGUAAGGGGAGAUAAGGGCACGGAGGGAGGGGGGUGGUCCCAGACGGACAGAUGGCAGCUGACAAAUGUUGUCGAGGGAGGAGAUCCAACUAAUAGGUGGCUGCUCUGACAGAUUAAAUUCUAGUGUGUGUGUGUGUGUGUGUGAAGGUAUGAGUGUGUGUGUGUGUGUGUGUGUGUGUGUGUGUGUGUGUGUGUGUGUGUGUGUGUGUGUGUGUGUGUGUGUGUGUGUGUGUGUGUGUGUGUGUGUGUGUUUAUUGAAUCAGGAUUGGGGAAGGCAUGAAUUAACUUGUUUUUAUUUGACUAAGAUGUAAAUACAUGCUGUACAAUGCUUUUAUGUGAUGAUUUGAAAUAAAACGUUUUCUGUUGAACUAAAA